AUGCAACUGAUCAUUGUAGUGCAUUGUUUGGUUUGUUAUCGAAUCGAGGAUCAGAUCUAUCUCAGGCUCGAUGGCGGUGAUAAUAAGUGUUUUCGUUUGCUCAACGGUACAACUCAGGUUGGAUGCCAAUCAGAGCCAGAUGGUAACACCGGCUUGGUUGUUUAUGCCAGCUCGAGUUUAGAAAUCGAACAAAUGAUACUGAAAAUGGCUCAGGUGACAGGAAUGCAGUACAUUGUUGCCGUUGACGUGGAAUCGUUGGAUAGUGGAAUCAUUGGAAAGUUGCAAGACAAUCGUAUCCGAGGUGUUCUGUUAUUGAGUGAUUCAAACAGUACGCAGCAUUAUCAUUUUUCCGAGGAUUCAGUUUGUCCAAAUCAGAAAUUCAGUUUAUAUAAGGAUGAAUGCGAAUGGAAUAAGAAAAACGCCAUCGUAGCUGGUGGGUUCCGUUUUCUCGAUUGGGAUAAACCAAUAUUUCUUAUCGAAAAUUCCACAGAAAUAAAUAUCAUCAAAAAAUGGUGUUUCGAGGCAUUUAACGCAGACCGAUCGGAUGCAUUUUCGCCGUUUUGCGCAGCACGGAUGAAAUUCUUCAUGCGUGCAGCUGGUAAUGCACCAAUCUGUUUAAGACGCCAAAAUUAUUUUUACGGAUUUGCUGAUGCUGUUGUAGAAUUAUGCGAUCCGCUUGAAGAUUCGAAUGUUAUUUCCAUGAUACCACCUUCGUCGCAAACGAAUAUGCGAAAGGAUACCAAAAUUUUCGUCGUUGCUGCUCGGAUGGAUUCGUUCAGUACAAUGACGGAUGCAUCAGUAGGGGAUGUGUCCACUUUAACUUCACUGAUCAGUACAUUAGCUGUAGUUGAUGCUGUUGGUAGAAAUUUCGAUGACUUCCAAUCCGUUGCCAUCAAGAACAAUCGAUGUCUUAUGUUUGCAUAUUUCCAUGGGGAAUCGAUGGGUUAUAUCGGAAGUAGUCGUGCAGUUUACGAUAUACUCCAAGGAAGUUUUCCGGCGAAAUCGGAUUUGCAUUUCGGCGAUCAGCCUCUUGCUAUUGUGAAUAUCAGUAAUAUUGAUGCCUUUAUCGAGGUGCAACAGUUAGAUGGUGCAGGUUCAGCAUUUUUUGCACACGUCGAUGGAAAAUCGUAUACGAAGCACAGACGUGAUCUUGUAACAGAUGAGGCGUUGCGCAAAUGGAACAAUCGUUCGAUUUCAUUGGUUGAUCCAACUGAAAAUGCUCGUUUACCACCGUCUUCAUACGAAACGUUCCUCAAACAGAACCGAUCCAUUGCCGGAUUUGUUUUUGCUCCUUUUGAUAGUCAGUAUUCAUACAAUGCAAUUAAUUCAUUCACCGAUCGAGAUAUUUUCAUUGGAAGAAGUGAGCAAAUUCUCGAUGAGAUUAGCGCCUCGGCAAGUGCUGUACUCGCAACAGUAGUAAAAUACUUGUUUGGGUCAGCAACGCCAACAUUCACUUCGACAAUUGAUGAAAGUUUUGUAUCAACUUUAUUUGAUUGCUUCAUCGUGAAGUCAGAUUGGUAUAAGUGUGAAUUGUUCUCCACGAUUCUUCAUAAUAUCAGGAAUCGUCCGGAAGAAGGAACGAAAUCGACAUACAUAAGUGGUGGUGAUAAUCGUCUACCGUCGUUGAUACGUUUACUGGUGAAUGCAAUAUUGGUGCAUUCACUUGGUAAAGAAAUGAUUAAUGUUACCAGUGAAAGCCAGUGUAACGACCUGAAUAAAGCACAACAGAUUUAUCAGUAUACGUGGCAAAUGAAUCCAGUUAGGAAUUCAAGCGCUUGCUAUCGAACUCCACUCUACUUGACUCCAGCUAAGUCACCCGCAUUCGAAAUUGACGGACAUGAUUUAAGUAAAAGUCCGUAUUCGACAUGGGUGGAGAGUGUAUGGUCCUCUCAUGAUCUGGUCCUCUUCCUGGUUCCAUCUGCUUAUCCUCGAUAUGAUAUUGGAUUGUUCAUAGCUGGUUGCGCGUUUUUCGUUAUUUGUUUCUUAAUUAUGGAAACAUUUUGCUUCGACGCCAGACAGCCCACAGAUCAUGCAACAUUAGAAUCAGAUCCACUUUGA